GGCUGACAUUGAGCCAGCUUUCCCCUGGACACUCCCCAUCUCCGGAGCACUGUGCUGGUCUUGUGGUCUCAAGACACUCCCUUAGUGUCCACAGUUCUGGAGCGUUCUACACGACCCAUACUCUCUGGAGGCCUUCCAGGGGGCUGGCUAUAUUUGGGCACUCCCUAAUUCUGUUCUGGUCUGGAGUCUUUUACUGGACUGGCUCUUAUUAAAUAUCUCCAAUCUAUUCCAGAGCUCUUCACAGCAGUGGCAGCCACUGCCAAGGCGAAGACCAUAGGGAGUGGUCAUACAUUUGGAAAUCCUCAAGGGCACGUUUGAAAGCCAGCUAUGGAUUCUCCCUACAGCUUGCUUGCCCAAGAUGAUGAAGACAUCCAGGUUAUGAAGGCUGGGGCCAUGUUGAGGAAGGUGAAGUCUCGAUCUUGGAAGAAGCAGCGCCAUUUCCGGCUACAGGAUGACGGCCAGACAAUCUGGUACAAGUCCAGAUGGGCAGGGACAGGCCACUCAACCUUCUCUGUGGGCGAUAUUGAGGCGGUGCGUGAGGGCCACCAGUCGGAGGUUCUGCAGAGCAUCGCUGAAGAGUUCCCCGCUGACCUCUGUUUCACCCUGGUGUUCCGUGGACGCCGCGGCAACCUGGACCUGGUGGCGGAGUCGGCGUCCGAUGCGCAGGCCUGGAUCCGGGGCAUUCGCAAGCUGGUCCAGAACACUGAGAGCAUGGAUGCCAAGGAGAGGCUUGACCAGUGGAUCUGGGACUGGUUUCAAAAGGCGGACAAAAAUAAGGAUGGACGGAUGAACUUCAAGGAGGUGCGCUCACUGCUGAAGAUGAUGAACGUGGACAUGAAUGAGGAGUACGCUCUUCGCCUCUUCACGCGGGCAGAUAAGUCAGAGUCAGGUUGCCUGGAAAUUGAGGAAUUUGUCCAGUUCUACAAGAUGCUGACUCAGAGAGAGGACGUGUGGAAUGUGUUCCAGAACUACUCCCGGGACGGACAGAUGUUAACCCUCGCUGAGCUGGAGGAAUUCCUGAGGCAGGAGCAGCAGAAGGGGGAGGAAAGUCAGGACCACGCGCAUGAGCUGAUUGUCCGCUUUGAACCCUCUGAGACCGCCAAGAAACAGGGGGCCAUGUCUAUAGAUGGCUUCCAGAUAUACCUGGUCUCCUCGGAGGGAGACAUCUUUGAUCCCCAACGGCUGGAACUGCAUCAAGACAUGAGCCAGCCCCUCAGCCACUAUUUCAUAUGCUCCUCCCACAACACCUACCUCAUGGAGGACCAGCUAAGAGGACAGAGCAGCCAGGAGGCUUACAUCAGGGCUCUGAAGCGGGGCUGUCGUUGUGUCGAGGUGGACUGUUGGGACGGGCCGAACGGAGAACCUGUUGUUUAUCACGGACACACCUUCACCUCCAAGAUCCUCUUCAGGGAUGUCAUCACCACGCUGGGGGAGUACGCCUUCAAGGUGUCUGAGUUCCCUGUCGUCCUUUCCCUGGAGAACCACUGCAGCGUGGAGCAGCAGAGGGUCAUGGCCCAGCUCAUGGACACCAUCCUGGGGGACACACUGCUCAGGGCCCCCCUGAACGGACUUGUUCCCCAAGUGCUGCCCUCUCCCCUGGAUUUGAAGGGCAAAAUCCUGCUGAAAGCCAAGAAGAUUGGCGGCCUAGAAGAAAGUGAUACACUAAACGAUGAGGUCACUGAUGAGGUCACUGAUGAGGUCAGUGAUGAGGAUGAGCCUAAGAGCCCAUCAGCAGAAACCCUGUCUGCAGAGGACCUUGGUCUCGGUGAUAAGAAAUCUAAGCUAUCCAGGGAACUCUCUGAUCUGGUGGUGUACUGCAAGAGUGUCCAUUUCUACGGCUUUGAAUACUCUUGCCAGCACUCGAAGUGCUACGAGAUGUCCUCUUUCUCGGAGUCUAAGGCCAGGAAACUCGCAAAGGAAAAAGGGAUGGAGUUUGUGCAACACAACAGCAGACACCUGAGCAGGGUCUACCCCAGUGGCAUGAGAACGGACUCCUCCAACUACAACCCGCAGGAGCUGUGGAACGUGGGCUGCCAAAUGGUGGCUCUUAAUGUCCAGACGGCUGGUCUGGAGAUGGAUCUGAACGAUGGGCUUUUCCAUCAGAAUGGCUGCUGUGGCUACGUCCUCAAACCAGACUUCAUGAGGAAUGAUUCCUCUUUUGACCCAGAGAGACCCGAGGAGCGAGAAGGCUACAAACCACUCCGCUUGUCUAUUCAGGUUAUCAGUGGGCAGCAGCUACCAAAGCUGAACCAGAAGGAGGGCUCCAUCGUUGACCCUCUGGUUAGAGUGGAGAUCUAUGGAGUAUCAAAGGACCAAGCUAAGCAAGAGACUAGUUACAUUCAUAACAAUGGCUUUAACCCUCUGUGGAAUGAAACUCUCAAUUUUAUCAUCCAUGUCCCUGAGUUGGCCCUGGUGCGUUUCGUGGUGGAGGACUAUGACAAGGCCUCCAGGAAUGACUUUGUGGGACAAUUCACUGUUCCCUUCACUUGCAUUCAGCCAGGGUAUCGCCACAUCCAUCUCCUGUCCAAAGAUGGGACUGCACUCCCUCUCUCUUCUCUGUUUGUUAACAUCAAGAUCUCUGAGCUAACAACAGAAACUGAGUAACAUGCUACAACCCCAAAAACAUGGAAGGGCUUUAAAGAUUGCUGUCACAUUCAACCCAAAUGUUUCAUGCAUUGAAAACUUCAUCAGUAGGAUUGCUUGAGAGCAUUUCUGCUUAAAUUACCAAGCGAACAUCUGUUGACCUAACGCUGAUGAAAGAUGAAAAAACCCUUUCAUCCCAUCUUAGACAGCAUAACCUGGGAAUUUUGGCGGCAAGAUUCAAUUUCCCAAAGAAAUUGAAUCUUUUAAAACACUACAUAUUUAGUUUUUACUUGAAUACAUUUAAUAAGAUGUUAUGCUGUGUUUCAGGCCCAUGCAGAUAAUAGAAAAAAUUGAGCUUAGCUUCUGUGACAUGGCAUGUUUAAUAGCUCCUGGCUAAUCAAGCUGAAGCAAUGCCUAAAACUGUAGGGCUCCUACAAAAAAAAAGGUAUUCCCUUUACAUUUAUCCACAUUUCAUUAACGUUCAAGUAUUCAACAUUUGCAUUGUGUGCUAGUAGGGUGAGAUAUCGAUGGUUGAUAAAUUAAAGGAAACACCUGAAUAAAUGAAUAAAUACAUUGAGAAUUAUGUUCCAUCCUUCCACAAGAGGUCCGGAAAUUCUUAGAAUCUAGGCCAAGGCACAUUGUAGCUGUUCUCGUGGCUCAUGGUGGCCCAACACCUUAUUGAGACACAGUUUUUUCCUUUAAUUUGUCACCAGUCUGUAACUACAUAAAUAAUGAGUCCACCGCUUCCAUAGACAUUUUAUACAGUUCCUCAGUGUGACAUGAAGAUAUAUCAAUAUCUCAGGUUUUAUGAUGUAAACGUAUUAUACUGUUAUGUGAAUGCAUAAAGCUGUGUAAAUAAAGAGAGAAAUAAGACUUC